CUAUAUUUUUUCGAUGGUCAGUAAAAUAUAUAUUAACCUCAUAAAAUGUUGCCGUUAGCAGCUGUUUAAACCAGUUUACAUUAGUUGUUUUUUUUUCUUUCCAGUUUACAUUAAUUGUAAACUGAAUUUAAACGGCUGUGAUAUAACACUCAACCUUAGCCUCAUACCUCAUGUCACCUUACUGUGAGAGACAAUUAACAAAGUAACCAGUAGAGGGCGCCAAAUCUCAAUGGAGCUGAUGACAAUCUCUUCAUCGGCCUGUUGUUGAGUCUCAGAUCAGUGAGUGUUGUACAGAUGUGCUUGUUGUCAUGAAGUCUAAAGGGUUUAAACCCAGUCAAAAGGCACAUAAGACGCCCACAUUGUUAAUAAAUGCACAGACAGUAUCACGCUGUGCUCAAAGCAACGAAACAAUAUAUGAAAUGUUAAAUAUAGAUCAGAAAGCACCGAACAGGACGACGCCAAAUGGGCUAGUGUGCGCAGGCAGGUAAUCGGAUUACACCUCUGAGAAACCACGCACGAGCUCAUCAUGUACUGUCUCUACUGAACAAUAAAUUCUUCAUUUAACGCCCUGUUCUAACUCUCAUUCACAAUGUCGCUCUUUAUCAAUCGAGACCAGAUUUUUGCACAUCAAGUCCAUCUUCUAGAGCAUAAACUACGGAGUAAAGAGGAGCGUAUUUUGGAGUUGGAAACCGAGAACACUCUCCUUCAUUUGAGACUCGCUGAGUGUCUGGGUAAACUCUGCCAUGAGAGGGAGGAGGAAAUCCAUGUCCAGAGACAGAAACAUCAGCAGCAGAGGAAAGUGCAGAAGUCCACACACGCAGCUCUCUCCAAACUUCUGUCUGAAGUUCAGAUGCUGAAACAGGACUUGAGGGAUGUUUUUGCCAUCUACGUGGGGUUUGCUAAAGAGCUGGAGGAACAAAGCAAGCAGCUGUUUGAAUGUGUGGGCACUGCCAGAAAUGCUAUUCAGGAUUUCCAAAGUGAUGACCUUCAGAGUGAGUGUGAACUCAAAUACCAGUAUAUCCGUAAUGUCUAUGAAUAUUUUUAAACUAAAAAUAAAACUCAUUUCUCUCUGUAGGAGCUGAGGGGGAAUAUCAGAGUUCACUGCAGGGUGCGUCCAAUUCUACACUUUGAUCACAUCCAAGGAUCACCCACAACCAACAGAUCUUCAUCAUGUGAAGCAGUAGUGCAGGCGAUCAAUGAUGACUCUGUUUUUGUGAACGGCGCCAAAACCUCAAGUCCUGUAAUGAACUAAAUAUUUGAGUUUAGCAGAGUACAUGGUCCAGAAGACAGCCAAGAGACUGUGUUUGAUGAGGUGAAACCCCUUUUAACAUCUCUACUUGAUGGGUAUAAUGUAUGUAUCAUGGCAUAUGGCCAGACAGGCAGUGGAAAGACACACACAAUGAUUGGCUCCCGGUCUGAGGAUCCCACAGCUGCAGUGCAGGACUCUCAACAGGGCAUCAUUCCAAAAGCAGCCAAUGAGCUAUUCAAGCUUAUCUCUGAGAAGCCAGCGGACAGUCAUACAGUGGAGAUGUCAGUGGUGGAGGUCUAUAAUAAUGAAGUUCUGGACCUGCUGGCCAGAGAUGAAGAUGGGGCAACAGUUGGGGUAAAGAGAGAGGUCAUCACCACCUGCACAGGCACCAGUGAGGUGCCCUGCCUAACAUAUGAGUUGGUGCGGAGCUCUGCGGAGGUAAUGCAGCUGAUCAAUUCUGUGUUAAAACUAAGAUCUCACAGUCCCACCCUGGUGCACAUGGACUCCUCCAGAUCUCAUUUCAUCGUUACUCUCACAGUCAGCUCCAAAAGCCCAGAUGCACUGGCUCUAGCUCGUCGUCUGCAGAAUGCCAGACAGGACCUCCAGCGGGUGUCUCAGAAGGAGUGGUGGAGCCCACGCUGCAGCAGGGCUGCUUCCUCACGCACGUCUAGCCCCGCCUCCUCACCGUGCCACUCCCCCUGCCACUCACCAUGCCCCUCCCCCCGUCCCGGCAUCACACAGCCCCCCAUCAAAACCAAGCUGCAGUUGGUGGACCUGGCUGGGAGCGAGUGUGUUGGGAUGUCAGGUGUGACCGGUGCCGCUCUGUGGGAAAGCUCCUGUAUAAACCGCAGUCUCUCGGCUUUGUCUGAUGUUCUGGGAGCUCUAGUCGAAAGACGACCUCACGUACCCUACCGCAACAGCAAACUAACACAUCUACUACAGAACGCCAUAGGAGGGGAUGCCACGCUUCUGAUAAUGCUGUGCGUAUCUCCCACUCAACGCUUCCUUGCCGAAUCUCUUCAGUCCCUGGGGUUCGGUGCCCGAGCCAGACAGGUUCAGAGAGAGCCCUCACGUAGGAAAAACACGGCUCUGAAGAUGAAGUAACCAACAGGGAGAUCCAUUUAAUAGCAGCUUGUGUGUUUUUAUUUGUAUGAAUUUUGGUCACAGGUUUAUGGUGCUCAGGUCAUGUUGAAAGUCGCAGUGCUUUGUAAGAACACUUUAGAGUUAAAUGUAUGUUGAUAUCAUAGUUAAUGCUUAUUAAUGAUUCAAUAUUGUAUUUUUUUGGACAAGUUACACACAAUCUCUUGCACACUGGAGAUGUUCCUCUGACAAAAUGUUUACAGGUUUUUAUGUCUAGUGUGAGUGGAAUAUUUCGGAUUAUGUGUGUCUGCAAUUAACCAUUAGUUUGUACUAAAGUAUUGAUGUGAUGAUGAAAAAUGUAUGACUUUUAAAUAAAAUUUGUUUGCAACCUGACUCUAGUUGACCUUAUU